UGAACGAGGCCCCUCGCACAACGGCUCCUUGGAGAGGAGGGGGGGGGGGGAAGAAAAAAAAAAAAAAGGCGGAAAAGAAAAAAAAAAAAGAAAAGAAAUUAAAUUAAAUCACCGCCGCCUCUCCAGCGGUGCCGCGGCGGGUAAGGGGAGCGGCGGUGGCUGGGCAGAGAGGAGGCAGAGCGCGGGGGGCGAGCCGGGGAGCGCCGCGCUCUCCCUCCCAAACUUUGAUGAUGACCAUGACUACGAUGGCUGACGGGCUGGACGCGCAAGACUCCUCCAAAUCCGCCUUCAUGGAGUUCGGGCAGCAGCAGCCGCCGCCGCCGCAGCCGCCGCCGCCGCCCCACUCCCAGCAGAGCUCGCCGGCCAUGGCCGGCGCCCACUACCCGCUGCACUGCCUGCACUCCGCCGCCGGCUCGCACCCGCACCACCAGCAUCACCACCACAGCUCGCCCUACUCCGGCAGCGCCGGCUCCUACAACCACCGCUCGCUGGCCGCCUACCCCUACGUGAGCCACUCGCAGCACAGCCCUUACCUCCAGUCCUACCACAACAGCAGCGCGGCCAGCCAGACGCGGGCGGACGAUGCAGAUCAGCAAAAAACCACGGUGAUUGAAAACGGUGAAAUCAGAUUCAAUGGAAAAGGGAAAAAGAUUCGGAAGCCUCGAACCAUUUACUCUAGUCUACAACUCCAGGCUUUAAAUCACCGCUUUCAGCAGACUCAGUACCUGGCACUUCCAGAGAGAGCUGAACUGGCAGCUUCAUUAGGACUUACCCAGACACAGGUGAAGAUCUGGUUUCAGAACAAACGCUCCAAAUUCAAGAAGCUGCUGAAGCAGGGCAGCAACCCCCACGAGAGCGACCCUCUGCCCGGCUCCGCUGCCCUCUCCCCUCGCUCUCCAGCUCUGCCUCCAGUCUGGGACGUUUCAGCUUCUGCCAAGGGAGUCAAUAUGCCUCCCAACAGCUACAUGCCUGGCUAUUCUCACUGGUAUUCUUCUCCACAUCAAGACACAAUGCAGAGACCACAAAUGAUGUGAAUUGUCCAAGAGAAAUAAUCUCCCAAGAACGCCUCGUCUCGACAUGGCAAGAAGUUCCCCUGCUUUGCCAAGCCGUGCCAGCUAACAGGCUCUGUGUGAACUUGUAGAUGCGGCAAAGAGACAGAGUGGCUUUAUUUUAUUUUAUUUUUUUUAAGUAACCUCAGCGAUUGAUCUUGAACAGAAAGACACAAUUUUCAUUCUGGCGCACAGAAGACACUUCUCUUUAGGAUAUUUUCCUUUGGACUCCAAGGCACCAGCCUCUUUCUCUGUGGAGUAUACGUCAAAACAAACUUUUUACAGACUUUGCCCACAAGAAGAACCUGAAUCUACCAUGGCAGCCGUUUUUACUUGUUUAAUGAGCUAAAGACAUUACAUGAUGAAAGAGAGACUAGUCAAAGCUCCUUCAUUUUUAUUCACCAAAUCCGGAUGGGGAAAAAAAAAAAUAAAAGAGAGAAGAAAGGAUUAAAAAAAAAAA